AAUUAUAAACCAUGACGUAAUUUCCGGAGAAAAAGUAAACAAGGUGCUACAGCGUUAGCUUCGCUUAUAUUUCAGGUCGUGUUCAGUGAACGUUUAAGGUGGAUAUUUUGGCCUCUGCAGUGAAAAUGUCUUCAUUCCAAUCUCUGAGAGAGUUUAUCAGCACGCGACUAACAGCUGCUGCGGAAGAAAUAUUCGUUAAGUUUGAAAAAACCAUCGAGGAAGAGAUUUAUCGUCAGCGCAGACUGCUUGAUUUGAGCUGGAAAUCACAGAUCAACUCGCACAGAAUAGCCUGUCCAAAAGUCUCACAGCAUCACGUCUCUGAAAAGGAGGAGGUUCUUACUGACCAGCAGCUCUGUGGCCAGGAGAGGAUCUCCAGUUUGGACCACGAACACUCAGAACCUUCACUGAUGAAAGAGGAAGAGCAGGAACUCUGCAUCAGUCAGCCUGAAGGACAGUUCACUGUGAAGCAGGAAUAUGUUACCUUCAUGGUGACUUCUCCUUCUGAGGAAACAGAUGGCCAUGAAGCAGAACCAAACUGCAGCCAAACCUUUUGUCAGAUUUCUUCUGAAGCUGAGAGCCAAGAUCAGGAUGGAUGCAGGAAUGAGAACUCAGAAUCAAACUGCGAUAAAGAACUGACUCAAAACAAAAGAUGUAUACAAACUGAAGAUCACAGAAACGGUGUAGGCAGUCCCAAACUAAAGAGGCCCAUAAGUGCUCCUGGAGGUGAGGGGCCACUGUCAUGUACAAUCUGUGGGAAAUGUUUCAGUCCGAGUUGUUUAGCUCGUCACAUGAGAAACCACACAGGUGAGAAGCCACGCUCACGUAAGAGCUGUGGAAAAGGUUUCAUUCAAAAAACCAAUCUCCUGUCUCACAUGAGAACUCACACAGGUGAGAAGCUGUUUCCAUGUGAAACUUGUGGUAAGUGUUUCUCUCGGAGUAGUGUAUUGACGAUUCACAUGAGAACUCACACAGGUGAGAAGCCGUAUUCAUGUGAAACCUGUGGUAAGUGUUUCUCUCAGAGUAGUCACUUGACUAAGCACAUGAGAACUCACACAGGUGAGAGGUCUUUUCCAUGUUUGAUCUGUGGAAGAAGAUUCCGCCAGACAACUUCUUUAACUUCCCACAUGAGAACUCACUCCUGAAAAGUUGUUGAUUUUCCUCAGAAAAGGAGCUCAACUCACAUAACUCUCAGCUCAGAGUUACGUGUUUAAAACAUUUAAAGGUAGAACACGAACACCAAAGCAACGUCUAAUGUGUGGCUGUUGUAGUCGCAACAAUAGAACACGGUUUCCAGCUGUGGGGUGCCAGGUUCAAUGCCGAUACGUGAAAUGUUUUAUUUGGGUCCAUCUGUUGUAGCUUCACCUAAACUCACUCUGGUUUUAGAUCUUUUAUGGUUGCUCUUCUUCUGAGAAGGAUAACAACAUCUUCUGGGCUCAGAGUCCGCCAUUUUCCACAGUGCCAGCCUCGCUGUGCCGAGGGGACUGUUUGGUAACCCGUAAUAGUGCCCUCUAUUGGCACUAAACCCAGUGGUAUGCCCGUCAAAAUUAAUGUUUGAUUAAUUUUGAUUAAAAUAUAGCUUUUAAAUUAAACACUGUACCUUCAUUCUGCACACCUCUAAACGCCCCGUGGAGGUAUUAUUAAAAAAAUAUAUAUAGCUUUUUAUUAAACUGUUCCAUAUUCAACCUUUAACAAAGUGUUCACUUCGUAACACAGUAGCUUAGAUCACAAUCAUGAUGAUGGUGCAGAUCAGCAACUGAAAAAUGUUCUGUUUAAAAUAACUGAUUGAGCACUGCAUGCUGACACUAGACCUGACUGCUGUCUGUCACAAAAAGCCACCGCUGACCGUGAUGGACCACGGAGGGAACACCAACUUCUCUGUGGUCCGCCACCAUUGGGCCAUGCUCAUCCUUCUGCACAGCCCCAGAUGUCUUAUUGCUCCAAACUUCUCUGGGCUCGCACUCUUACCUCACUAUUGUUCAAGCUGCUCAACAACAGCCAAGUCUCUCCAUUCCUAGAUCCAUGUUUGAAGUAGAACUUCAUGAGUUCAGAUAAACCGGACAUUUUCUCAUAGCAUAAAUAUAUGUUAUGUUCCAGCAAUAAAGGGUAUUAUGGGUGGAUGGUGGCUCAAGGGCCCUGUAACCCGAGGUUGCUGGUUCAAAACCAGGCUUCGUCAGUGUCAGUCAUUGUGUCCUUGAGCAAGACACUUCACCCUCCUUACCUGCUGGUGGUGGUCAGAGGGACUAGUAGCGUGUGUGUACAGCAGCCUCACCUAUGAUUGAAUGCCCCAGGGCAGCUGUGGCUACAUUGUAGCUCACCACCACCAGUCUGUGAAUGGGUGAAUGACUGCAGUGUAAAGCACUGUAGAGUCGCUUCAGUGAACUUGAGUAUUUAACGAGGUGUUUGUUUUUAAGGUGUUGGACUAGGUCUAAACGCAGACUAGCGAUUCACUUUGGUGACGCCUGUAGGAAAAGUCUGAAAUCAAAAAGGGAGGAAGCAUGUUGAGGUAUAAGGUUGGUCAGCUGCCAUGCUCAGUUUAAAUGUGCUUUAUAAAUAAUUACAGUGUGGUCUUUGUAGUGUUGAAUGCUGCUCUGUCUUUUCCACAACGUGAAGUUCCUGCUAUGAACACAUUGCAAGUGGCCGUUGCACUGCCUUUGCUGUCCUGCUUAAAAUACAUCCACACUGCAGUCUCCUCAGGAAACACGUUAGCCUGCUAGUCAACAGGCAGGGUUAGGGUGUUGUUGCCCAUCCAUCCAUCUUCUGAACCCGCCUUGUCCACGCGGGGGGGGCUGAUGCCUAUCUCCAGCAGUCAAUGGGCAAUCAGGCGGGGUACACCCUGGUCAGAGAUCCAGUCCAUCGCAGGGCAAACAGAGACACACAGGACAAACAACCAUGCACACACACACACUCACACCUAAGGACAAUUCAGACAGACCAAUUAACCUAACAGUCGUGUUUCUGGUGUUGUUGCCCAUGAAACAAAUAUUAGUGUGGAGAAGCUUGUUAAAAUUAAAACAAAAUCUCUAUCUCAAGAUGAAUUUGUAAGUUUAUGUCUGAAUUUACCCUGAUUUCAGAUCCUUUGAAAUCGUGAUAAAGCCCGAUUUUUGAUCAUGUGUUUGGAUUGGUGCAUCUCUAGUUGUAACAUGAAAACUUUAUUGUUCAAACAAUAUAAUUAAAACAUUUGUACAAAAGAUUAUUGCGUUUUUAAGUGGAUACUACACUCUGAAGGGUAAUUUAAUCUGUGGCCAUAUUCCCCAGAGUUAGAUAAGUGGGGUAAAGCAUUUUGGAACGAACCCAGUCAUUCUCCUAAUCUGGCAGUAUUCUGUUAGCUUUGGCUUAGCAUAAACAAUGCAAGUGAAAGGUGACAACUAGCAAUUUGUGUGAAAAAUUCAUGAAAAUGAUGCUAAUUUGUUCUCGGUGACCUCAAUAAUCAUGACUGUUGCAAAUGGAAGUAAUAGGCAAUAAGAAGGAAUUACAGGAGCUGAUUUAGGCUUGAGACUACAUGAUGACAAAUCACUGAACCGCUGCUGCAAGGUGUAAGGACAUGAUGCAAAACGCACCCAAAUCUUGUCGUUUACUGCCAGUAGUGUGAAAUGUAGUAAAUGUUAUACAGUAAACCUAAUGACAGUGAGUUUUGGGGUCAAAGUCUCCCUGCCGUGGACGUGUCUGACUUUAAAUUGGCUUUACUAAAGGAGGUAUAUUGGCUGAUUCUGAUAUAUAAAAGAUGGUAAAUAUGAGGCUUGAAAUAUUGGCCAACAACAUGAUGGGAGAGAGGAUGUCAGCGAGCGCGGGAGACAGAACGUGGUGGACAGUGUUUGUUUAUGUCCAGAGUUCAUUUAAAGUUUACUACAUUAAUAAAAAUUGAUGGGUUAUGUCAUGACUCGAGGUAAGUGCCUAACCGAAGACAUGCAGAAUCAGACUCGUCGAGCAGGUUGAGUAAAGAGAAAAGGUCUUUAUUCAAAAACGGGAGCAAAAAUAGCACAGGGAAUUCCUGUGGGAGUGAGCGGUGCAGCUCGAGUCCUUGUAGCGCUUGGGGUGAACGAGGGAGGAGGGGAAGCCGAGGUGAGCGCUGGGCAGAGGGUGAGCGAUCCGGGAUGGGUGAGGUAGCAGAGAGGCACCUAACAGGAACCAAGGAGGAGGAUGGGACGUGGUGCAUGAAAUCUUGAGUUCGAAGACAGCGAGGGUGAAGCAGGUGGUGUGAGGAUCCUGAGGGAAGGGAAACAAACACCAGACGUAAGGGGUAAUCCAAACGUAAUCCACAAAAACAGUCUGAGAUCAAAAACCAGGUAAUCCAAGAGCGAGUCAAAGCGAACAAAUGAGUAAAAGAACAAGUGGCUGGGGCUACCUAAACUGGUGCAAUCAUCCAGCGUUGUGAGGUGUCUCCAUCCUCGUUUUAAACCCGAGUUCCUGAUUGGAAUCUCCAGCAGCUGCCGCCCCCACCGCUCCUCACCUGUGGGAAAUCAGCUCAAUCACAGAGUGGAGAUGGUGUCGCUCACCUCGGCUCGGGAACAUGACAGGUUAAUGUUCUGUCCUAAACUUUGCACUCAGCUUUGUGGGUUUUUUUUUAGGGGGACUUUGAAAGCGUGGCAAGCAAUCCUGUAUAUGGAAAUAUAGUAGUUUGCAAAAGUGUUAGGCAGGGGUGAAAGUAGCUGUGAACAAAUCAUUUCAAAAAUGGAAGUAUUAACCAUUUAUUUUGAUAAAUUAAACAAAAUUAAUCUAGAAUCCUCUCCAUAAAAGUUAACAGAAUUUGUGACAAAGGGCAGCCUUGGUGGAGUCCAACUGCCACCAGAAAGGAGCCCGGCUUACUGCCGGCAAUGCAGACCGAGCUCUGACACCAGUUGUACCUAACAGCCUGAUACCCCAUACUCCCAGAGCACCCUCAAGUAAUGUGGUCAAAUGGCCAAGAUGAAAACCACAUUGCUCCUCCUGAAUCCAAGGUUCGUCAAUCUGACUGACUCUCUUAUCCAGAACCCCUGAAUAGAUACCAGGGAGGCUCAGAAAUGUAGUUGGAACACACUCUGCUGUCCCCUUUUUAAGAUAGGGGGACCACCACCCCAUCUGCUGAUCCAACUGCCCCAAGGGAGUAGGAACGAGUUUAAUAUUGGGGGGGGGGGACACAUUUUGGAAAUCUAACAAAUCUGUUGUAGGUCAAUAUAUAGGUCAACCUCACUGAAAAAAAUACAUUUAAUGAUUAUUUCUGAUUCUAACGUGUCACUGAGUGUUUCAUGCAGGCUGAACAUGAACAUAGUCUCCUACCGCUAUCUCCUGCAUUAGCUUCUGAUAGAAAAUCUGAUAGACGGUGAAACUCUAGGAUUAGAAAAGUCUGACAGAUGUGACUCAGGGCGUAAGGCAAAGCCCAGAAAGACAAGAAAAUAACUUUUAUAGCCCAGUUCACUAACAGUCUGGUUUUUUUUUUUUUUUGAUCGGGGACCCAUGAACCAGCCAGAAGGGGAGGAGACUUAGGCUCCCCAUGAGCCAGAUCCAGGUGAUUACCGGCCAACGUGGACGUUUUAAUUAUAAAAAAGCUGUUUAUGUGUCAGUACUGUUUUAUUUUUAUGUAAUAAUAUGAAUGUAGGAUAUAUUAUCUUAUUCAUAUGGGUAGAGAUGUGUAAACAGAUUUAAUACGAGACUAAAGCUGUGAAUAUUCAGUCUGAACUGAUCUGACUCUCAUCAGAAUAUUUUAAACUACAUCAGCCAACAACGCUGACCAACAAUCAGAAAAAUCUGUUUGCUUCAGACAGAAUGAAAAAAGAAAUAAUUCAUUCACAACAACAGCUGGAACUACGUUAAUUUUCAGAUGGACAACAGAAAAAAACAGUGGCCAAAAUUGCAGUCUAAAUGCACCAGAAUGCAGAGUUUAACACUUAUUUUUCUAAUAUUUCUAAGGAAGCGUGUACAGAAUGUAAUUUAUUCUUAACCCGUACUGUCCAGCCUACUUGUUAUGAGAUUACAUAUAUUUAACUGUGUUCACUUAUUAUCACAUUCAAAUCUUCCUCUCAUCAGCAACCUAAAACCAUCUCAUUCUUCACUGUAGCACCUACCUGCACCAUAGCAGGUCUGGCUCUCCCUGUCUCACCCUCGGCAGGUCUGGCUCUCCCUGUCUCACCCACAACUGGUCAUCUGAUCUCUAAAAACAGUGGACAGGAAUAAGGAGUAAAAUACUGUUGGACGACUAGUGUAACAUUAAAAUCAUGGUUGUUAUAGUAUUAUUUAGUCGUGUUCACUUGUUAUCAUGCUCGAAUCUUCCUCUCAUCAUCAACCAUCUAAAAUCUCACUCCACUGUAGCACCUACCUGCACCUCAGCAGGUCUGGUGCUGCCUGUCUCACCCUCAGCAGGUCUGAUGCUCCCUGUCUCACCCUCAGCAGGUCUGGUGCUCCCUGUCUCACCCUCAGCAGGUCUGGCGCUGCCUGUCUCACCUUCUUCAUCAUUUUCCAGCUGAACUUCCUCUGGUCUCUUAUUUGAAAAGAGUGACAUGAAUAAGGUUUAAAAAUGAAAUGUGACGAGAAUGUCACAAACAAGCAACAAUCACACUUAAAAACUCCAUUUUUAUGUGGAGAUUCUACUUUUUUAUUAAUUUCGUGUCAAAUGGUUUUUGUCUGUUACUGUAAAACUCGCCAUUUUUUGUUGACUAGUAGUGUUGUUUAAUGUUUAAUGCUAACUAGCAAGAUGUUGACGUUAGUCAGCCAGUCUAACGUUUGACCAGAAACGUCAAAUUAUUACAAACUCACAAUUCCUUUCUUUCUUUUUUUGCCCAUGAGAAGAACUCACUGAGCUGCUGCUGUCUGUCUCUGACUCCUGCUUCACUCAGCCAGCCUGUCUGACUCCCUGAGGGGAGGGGCUGUGUCGGAGAGAAGUCUGCGGUGUCUUUCAAAAUAAAAGCUCGCAAGUCAAAUGUUUCAAAAUCAAUCUUUUUCUUCUCCAUGUUAUUGGGAGGUACAAAUGCACGGUUGUCCAAUAUUGGAGGGG